AUGGAACCUGCUAUCCAUGCCCUACCUUUUGCAGCAAAACUUGGCAGUCAAGGAACUCAAACUGACAGGGCAUUGCUUCAGAAAGCCAUAGAUGAAGCCAAUACACGCCUUGAAACACUUGACUCAGUAUUGCAAGGUCCACAUGCAAAUACAAUCAUCCAGAAGGCAUUUGGCUCCCAAGCAGAUGUGCAGAAGAUUCACAGUUGUGUUCAGAAGCUUGUUACAGGAAAAGUUUUCAUUCCUGCCGAUGUAGAUAUGGAAGCAGGGAAUGGUGCUGGUGGUGCCACAGAUCCUCAAAGCAAGCAUAUCACAUUUUCACUGGGGUAUUUCUCUGGGACAACAAAAGAAGACAGUGAUAGACGUGCAGGUACCUUGAUACAUAAAGCCUCUCAUGCUCUGUGUGGAACCUAUGAUUACUUUGAUCAUUCCAACUGUGAACCGACUACUCUCAAAGCAAACAAUCUUAAUGGGUGUAUGUAA